CGCGUAGGUCGCGUCCGGUGAUUGGCUGCGCUGCUGCACGUGGUGCCAGGCAGGCGGCGGCGGUUGCCGGGGCGACGGCUGGACGAGGGGCGACCGGGCAGGGUAGGCGCAUGUGCCCGCGUCAGAGCAGCAGAGAUUUUUGCUGUGAGAAUUAACAGUAACGGUUCAAUAUGGGGGACAUUCUGGCUCAUGAAUCAGAAUUACUUGGACUAGUGAAAGAGUAUUUAGAUUUUGCCGAAUUUGAAGACACCUUGAAAACAUUUUCAAAAGAAUGCAAAAUAAAAGGAAAACCGUUACCUAAAUCAGCAUGUGGCUCUUUAAGGGACUCCAAAUCAUCGAUAAUCCAGAAGGACCUCCUUGCUGCGUUUGACAGUGGAGACCAGAAGGUGUUCUUCGAUUUGUGGGAGGGGCACAUUCCCAGUUCCAUCCGGGCUGGCGACUCCCUCGCCCAGAAGUUGGAAUUCUACCUACACAUCCAUUUUGCCAUCUAUCUUCUGAAACACUCCACAGGGAGACCUGACAAAGAGGAACUGGAUGAAAGGAUUUCUUAUUUCAAAACCUACCUGGAGACCAAAGGGGCAGCGCUGAGCCAGACCACGGAGUUUCUCCCUUUCUAUGCCCUGCCUUUUGUUCCCAAUCCCAUGGUCCACCCCUCGUUUAAAGAGCUUUUCCAGGAUCCUUGGACUCCAGAAUUAAAGUUGAAGUUGGAAAGGUUUCUGGGUUUAAUUUUUAAAGCCAGUAACACGCCGAAGCUUUUAACAUUAUAUAAGGAGAAUGGACAAAGCAACAAAGAAGUGUUGCAGCAACUCCACCAGCAGCUGGUAGAAGCUGAGCGUAGGUCAAUGACGUACUUGAAACGGUACAAUAAGAUCCAGGUGGACUACCACAAUCUCAUCGGAGUCACGGCAGAGCUGGUGGAUUCUCUGGAGGCCACGGUCAGUGGCAAGAUGAUCACCCCCGAGUACCUGCAGAGCGUCUGCGUCCGCCUCUUCAGCAACCAGAUGCGGCAGAGCCUGGCGCGCAGCGUGGACUUCACGAGGCCCGGCACGGCUUCAACCAUGUUAAGAGCCUCCUUGGCACCCGUGAAAUUGAAGGAUGUCCCAUUACUGCCCUCCUUGGAUUAUGAGAAACUGAAGAAGGACUUGAUUUUGGGGAGUGACCGCUUGAAAGCCUUUUUGUUGCAGGCUCUGCGCUGGCGCUUGACCACGUCGCACCCUGGAGAGCAGAGGGAGACCGUUCUGCAGGCCUACAUCAGCAACGACCUCUUGGACUGUCACAGCCGUAGCCAGAGGAGUGUGCUGCAGCUGCUGCACUCGAAGAGCGAGGUGGUACGGCAGUACAUGGCCAGGCUCAUCAACGCUUUUGCAUCCCUGGCAGAAGGUCGCCGCUACCUUGCCCAGAGCACAAAGGUGCUGCGGAUGCUGGAAGAGAGGCUGAAGGAGGAAGACAAGGACGUCAUCACCCGGGAGAACGUUCUCGGGGCCUUGCAGAAGUUCAGCCUCAGGCUGUUUCAUCCUAGGCGCCCACUGCAGACAGCGAUGAUUCAAGAUGGCCUCAUCUUCUGGCUGAUUGACGUCUUGGAGGAGCCUGACUGCCUGUCAGACUACACGCUCGAGUACUCGGUGGCCCUGCUCAUGAACCUCUGCCUCCGGAGCACAGGGAAGAACAUGUGUGCCAAGGUGGCGGGCCUCGUGCUGAAAGUUCUUUCGGAUCUGCUCGGCCAUGAAAACCGCGAGAUACAGCCGUAUGUGAAUGGAGCUCUGUACAGCAUCCUUUCUAUUCCGUCCAUUCGUGAAGAAGCAAGAGCAAUGGGAAUGGAAGACAUCCUUUGCUGCUUCAUCAAAGAAGGCAACGCUGAAAUGAUCCGCCAGAUUGAAUUUAUCAUCAAGCAGCUUCGUUCAGAAGAGCUACUGGACGGUGUUCUUGAAUCUGAUGAUGACGAAGAUGAAGAUGAUGAAGAGGACCAUGACACUAUGGAAGCCGAUCUGGACAAAGAUGAACUGAUCCAGCCCCAGCUUGGAGAGCUCUCAGGCGAGAAGCUGCUGACCACGGAGUACUUGGGAAUCAUGACCAACACGGGGAAGGUGAGGCGGAAGGGGGCGGCCGGUGUGCAGUGGGGCGGCCCUGAGCCCCUGUGCCGGCCCAUCACUCCCGGCGGCCACAGGACCGGGUACCCAGCGCUGGAAGACCAUCCCAUCUCUCCCCAGAUGGCCAAACAUGCCAGAAACAGCUGCCUCCCGUCUCUGCCAAAUGCCUACCGUCCAGUCUGCAAGGGGGUCAUGCCUGGUCCUGAGCCUUGCACUUCCUCCUCAUCCACCAUCGAUGCCAAGUCGGGAGAGCGGUUGCCAGCAGGACGUCAGGGAGAGCCUCACCUGCCCCCAGCGGGGGGCCUAAGCCAGCCUAGGGAGGUGCCCUGUGCCCUGGACAGUGGCGAGACCACCAGGGAGUUUACACCAGGCUUCGCCUACAAGCCCCGGGCCCCCUGCAGCCCGGAGAUCCUGGACCUGAACCCACCCAAGGCCAAGGCAUCGGCUCUGGCCCCUCAUUUCUCCUCGUGUGGCCCACAGCAGGCCAGCCGCCCCGGCUCCACGGCGUCCGCCACGAGGAGCCUGCAAACCAGCCAGCAGCUGCAGGUGACAGAUGUGAAGAGACAGUUGUCAGUGAGCCGCCAGGUGGCUUCAGGGGCUGAGGGGGACAGCCCUCCAGGCAUCCAGGACCAGGCCCACCACAGCCCAUGCCCCAGGGUCCUGCCACCGCCCUUCCUGCCCGCCCUCCCCCUGGCACCCAGCUGGGGGGGCAGCACAGCCAAAUCCAUGAGCCUGUCCAUCUCGUCCAUCUCGGGAGCUUCUGCGGAGGAGCCGGAGCCAGACAUCUCGGCCGGAGACGGGACCCUGGCCUCGGCGGAAACUGGCCCCCCUCACCCAGACCGAGUAUGAGGAAACAGAAGGGACUGAGAGUAACAGAAACUCAUUCUCAAGCCCGCUGCCUGAGCAGCAGACUUCGUAUUUUCUUCCUCUUUUAAAAUCUGGUAAGAAUGUGGUAUGUUCCCCUCUCUGGCUGGGAAUAUGGCUAUUCCCAGGCAGCCCCGUGCUUCUGCACGUGUGUUUUAAGGACUCAGAGCGCUGACCAGUUUAAAGCCAUUUCCCUCCCUCCAUUAAGACCAUAAGCACAAAUAGUGCCACAGGCAGUGUGACUGUCCCCCGCUGGUGGAGGCCUGUACUCGCUUCUUGCUGAGGGUGCCCUCAGGGCCCACGUCUGAGGACAGAGGAAGAAACUUCACUGCAGAGCCAGGAAUGUUACUCAAGCUAGUCGCAGGGUCUGACCUCUCCGAAAACACAAAUAUUGAAAUAAAAUUAUCAGUAUUUAGAUGGUA